CUCAGGUUCUACCUUUUCUUGUGAUUCUUCGGCUUUUUUGGCUCUUGUUUUCGUACCUUUUUUGUCGGAGUCUCUACCUUUUUUGUCGGGUUCCUUACAUACCCUUUCUCUCACUCUCUGGAUCAUCUGGUGUCGGUAUUCUCCCAGUUCUGGCCCAUGUAUGAAAGAUUCAAGAUUGUUGAAAUUCAAACAAUUCCAGAAACGCGUGCAAUAUGACUUUGACCUAGAAAUGACAUAUUCGGACAAUUACGUUGAAAUACCUAGCUGAACCUGAAGUUGAAAAUACAAUUUCGAGGCGAGGUUUAAAAUCUUUUGUACAUGCAUUUUUGGUACUAGUCGUGACAGAAUUGGCAUCAUAUUUACGUCGCGGAGCAAGUAGAAGUACGUAAAAGAUGAAGCAAAAGUGAAUGGUUCUGGUAUUUGGUAGCCUGAUUGGGAUCAUAAGGAGAAGGAAAACAAGAGGAGAAUCCUUGUGAUCAAAUUCAGGUUACCAAAUACCAGAACCAUACAAAAACAAAAAGUAGCAAAUGCAUAGUUACUUUUUCUGGGCCAACCAUGCAUCCGUACGAUUAUGCUAAUCUUUAUUUCCACAAGCUAGCGACAAAGAUUUGUUCAUAGCCCUAUCAUUGCAACAGCAACAACAACAUGCACAUCCGCAUGGCAUCUCUUCCGCAAGGUUCGCCGGCGCAACAACAUUCUCCUUUAUUCGAGCUUUUCGUUGGUGACUCGUCUGAUGAACCUGACGAUGGCGAAGUUCCGUCAUUGAAACCAAGGAUGAAGGACACGAAUGUUGGUGCGAGCAAGGAACAGGAGCCUGUUGUUGGCGGGGACAAGCACGAUGUGGACGCCACGAGCGCACGACUCGCGGCAAACCAGGCGGCCACCUCUAAUCCAAGACUUGAAAGCGCGGAGAGUUGCAUCGAUGGCUUGAAAGCUUCGCGGGCGGGGAAAAAUCAUGAAGCUGACGAGAAAUCACAGCGUCGUCGACCCGAACCGUCGCAGCGACAGCAGUACGGCAAUGCUACGUUCUCACGACCGCGGCGUCCCAGUGAUGGUCAAGGUAGUGGGCAGUGCAUUGUGGAGCUGCCACGAUCACAUGCAGUCCGUAAUUGUGAUAACGGGGGGUUGGAUAUAUUUCGGCACUCUCCCGCUGGAGCCGAUGAGGCGAAAAGUCCACCUCGUGUGCUUCUUAGGGUGGACAGAAAUGACCUGGCAAGCGAGCUUCAGUCUCAUUAUGUCACAACAUGAUCAUACUGACGUUUCGACUGGUUUGUCAAGAAGAAUCAGACAAUGCGAAUAUUUUCGAUAGAUACAAGUAGUACUAGAGAUGGAUCAUGGAGGUGUCUUCAAAUUCAGGCUGGAUUGUACGUAGGAGUUCGACUAGAAGAUCUAAAACAACUCUAAUCCUUUUACCCAGCGGGAUCGCAAGAAAGCCACGUUUUGUCCUCAGAGACGGGACCUCACACCACAAAUACGAAGCGGCAUGCUCCUUCCGAAGCCCGCAAUUCGAAGCGCCAGCCCACAGCCACACUUUCGUCUCCCGUUACAAAGCGCUUCCGAAGUAACCAGGACGAGACGCCUCUAAAUGUGCAUGAGAACGCUGAACAGAAUGUGCUGUCCCACAGUAAAGGAGCAAAUAAUGUUGGGUGGAAUGUUGAGGGUGAGAAAACUCCAGUGGCUACGCCGCAGAGGCUCAAACGGAACAGACUAGGUUCAGCGGCCCAGUCUCCCGAAGCCUCGCAGAAGCCCACGAAGGUUCAAAUCCUUGCUGAUCUAGAGCGACCAACGACGGCUCCACUUCAGCCACAGCUGGAAGCUGGCUCGUCCAAGACGGCAAUUAUCGCAUGCGACGACUGUGCAGAAGCAUCAACUGUCAUAUUUCCUUCGAUUCGCGACCAACUUCUCCAGCAUAUGAAGCGUCGGUGUCCUGUUGAAGGAUACACGGAGAGCAUGCUGGUGGUCGAGACGCGUGAUCAUGAUUGCCUGCAAGGAUUCAAGAUAUCUGACUACUUAGAGAAUCUGCUGCGAGACCAGAAAUCUCUCGUCUUAUCCCAAAUCCCAGCAACUGAGGACGAUGCAGAAGGCGGAAUCGUGCGACGCUACUUAAGAUAUGUUGGACGGGUCGCCGAAGCAAAGCUCCGCAUGCGACGGGAGGCCAAGACAGGCGUUGUCUCAGCAACAGCAAGGAUGACGCAACAGCUAAAUAUUUGGAAACAGUCUAGGCCUUCGUCUCAAGUUCUCUUCUACCGGCUCAGCCCGAAAAUCGUAGAACAAGAUGCUAUUCCACUGGUCUGGUCGGACCCGAGUUGGACACGCGCGUCUCACAGGUUAAGGCACCACUUAGUGAUAAGGGUAAGUAGCAGACGCUUAUUGUAUUUUUUGAACGACCAUUUUACUCUCAGUAACAAACUCGGAGGAGUUUUGUUUUUCUCUACUACAACUCAUCUCAUUUUAUCUAAACUACCUGCUUCUCCUUUCCUGCAUCUCUCGUCAGUUUUCUCAGGCACUUAUCUCACGCUCACCACGUUACUUUUGGAAAAAUACAUGUUUAGCUUCUAUCUUACUUCUGGAUCUGGUUGUCCUGCUUCUUCUAAGUAAGGGUGGUCUGUGGCAGCGGAAUCUGGAAGACUUCCAGAAAGCUCACGAAGCAUCAAUGAGUAGAGGAGAGAGCCAAUUUGCGUACCAGUGGCGCCUUCGGGUCCUGCGCAUUCGUCUUGGUACCGGCUCAGGCUUUAAGCUAGACUUGGUUCCGGAUCGGCACAGCGUUGACGCGGACGAUAUCAUCAUUGAGAAAAACAAAGAGAGUGGCCAUGAUGUUGUGCGUAUCAAAAAUCGUUCCACUCUGCCAGUCUUUGAGAUUGAGUUUUCCGCUGAGGCAACGAAUGUCUGCUCAGAGCAGAUUCGACGUGACUGGGACUACUGGGAUUUGGUAUAUGUGCCUCACCAAGCAGUCGAGAAAUUCGAGCUGAGCCGGGGCUCGCCUGGGGUUUGUCGGUUCUCUGCGUCGGUCGAUUUCCUCCGUCACGUGGAGCGCUUUGCACGCGACAGCAAAGAGUCCCGCACCUGCAUGGAGCAAGACCACUACUGGGACCCGGCUUACCGAAUGCGCUUGUCCACCAACCAGAUUCAGAUCGAUCAAGAUACAGCGGACCUGGCGCGAAAGUCCCCAGCAAUCGACGCAGACAUUUUUGUAGUGGAUCGUCUUCAACAAGAACGCGGACAAUCAAGUGUACCAGAGGAGCUUCGCCGGGGUGAUUGGAAGCCUGGCGUCAUUCCGUUUUUUACGAAUCCGCAAGAACAAGCAAAGAAGGCGAGACUGCUGCGGGAGGAGUUGGAGCGCGCCCGCAAAAAAAAGGAGGAGUUUUCCUCCUUACAAGUGCGGGGAAUCGUAAAAAAUGGGGUGUUCACGCGCAACCCUUUCCGCUUGAAUGCGGAAAAGGGCUAUGGGGGUUUGCAGUUACGACAUGAACAUGAUUUUAUGUUUUUUGGACUCGUUCCUGAUCCUGUUCCGCGUAGGUUAGAGAUUUUUACUGCAUCUUGCGGUGUGUGGCACUGGGAAAGCACUACGUAGGCAUGAAAUUCUUACUUCUCUAACAUCGAGCCGAGCACACGGAGAGCCGCUUGGCGGUAGCUUCGUUGCACUAGUAAAAUCCGUCGGGUUUCGAAAACAGUUUUCAAAGUCAGGGAAACCGUGGCAGCAGAUUGAGCUCAAGCACGGGCAUCACGAAUGCGUGCUCAUUGUGAUUGGGCAAGAGCUGUGCUCUCGUAUCGAUAGCAACAAGCCAGACUCUCUUCGAGACUCUCUGGUGGUUAUAGAUGGGGCCAAGGUUUCGCGCGGCAACAUGGCGAACGGGUCAGCAGCCACAUCCACCAAAGCGCGGUCGUCUGCGAAGAAGAAUCCAACCGCUGGUACCACGGGCGUCGCGGUUUCAUCUUCUGCUGGAUUUGUUCAGCUGAGUCUAGAGACCACUCCUGCUGGAAUCGGAGGCUCUUUGGAAUUCCUUCUCCCAGAUACUAUGUACACCAAAGCCAAUAAAGUACCAAGCUCCAGGAAACAUCAACAAGGAGGAGGCGCUACUCCUCGCCAUGGAGGCUCUCACGAGGACGGAACAGUGAAGACUCUUGACGCGCGGGUUCGAGACCUGCGCGCCGCUGGAUACCUGAUACCACCAUUGAAUCCACGUCUGGCCCUACAUGCUCACUAUGGUGCGGAAGCUGAGGGAGCCGACCUGCAGGGACUUGACAACAUCCGUGAUGCAAACGACUUGGAGAUGGCACGCCGCGCAACGCUGAAAGACCACCUUGAGAUUGAGCGUCAAGAAGAAGACAUCCAAAGAUUGAAUCCGAACCUCACCCAGCGCCGUUUGGAGUUGUUCGAAGCUGAUAGACAGAGGAGCCAAAAUUUAAGUUCUAAGUAGUUCAAUUAUUCUACCCACCAAGUACAUCAUGAAGAUCAGCAUCAUGUUGUAGUGGAAGUUGGUAAAAAAAUAAAUUUUGCAGCCUCAGCCUUCAGGCUAGAAACAAAUAGUUGUUGUAAGACGUGGCGUGUGUGAGUGAGCACUGCGCAACAUUGAGGAUCUCGUCUACGAGUUCUAAUUUUUGCAGAGGGGCCCACCUUCUCUUCCAACCGUGAAAGAAAUACGCGGCGCCAUGUUGAGCGUUGGUGUAGAGAAUUGCUGCGGAUGUUUCCAACACCGGCAGACCAUCAAAGACACUUUGAAGGAACCAGAGACGCUGUAUCUUGGAUUCCUCCUGCCGACACAAGCAAAAAUGCAGAGCCUUUUGCUGUAGUUGUCCAUCCAGGUACCGAAACAGCGACGAGUACCAGAGAUGCCGCAUUGACAUUCACGGCACGCACAACAGGUCGUCGAGCACAACUAUCACGACAGGCCUCGACGGUUUCGGAUAAUGACCGAAGAAGAAUCCUACCACAGAGUCAAUUACCUGCUUUAGAUAUCGGCGAUGAUGGUGUCAUUGACUUGGCGUCGGCUGAGUCGUGUGUUGAUUCCGUUGAGUGCAAUGGCGAUCGAGGUGUGCCGUAGGACUACGAAUGCCGCCUUCGCAUUCUUGCGAAAUGCUAUAGGAACAUUAGAAGAAAGUUCGAUGAUGUUCAUGCUAUUGCUUCCACGUGCGGAUAACCACGCACGCAAGCACUCUGUAGAGAAGAAUCUACGAAAUGGCUUCAUAAGCAGCACGCGCUUGUGGUUGAUAUGAGCAUCUAUCAUAACCUGCCACCCCAACAAGAUGAUAAACAUCUAGUAAGCCGGGCCACGUGAACGCGACAGUUGUAGAUGUGAAGACUUGGAUUCACACUACGCAUUUGGAUCAUCAUCUUCCAGUAUCGUCUGCUGAAACCCUUCAGGCGCAGCGCCUGAAGGCUUUCAGCGCGCAGAUAAAUGCCAACAAUAUACAGACGACCUCAAACAUGACUGAAACGAGGAGCGAAUCCUCUUACUAUUUUUGAAAGGGACCGCACCCUUCUCAUAUUUGUUGUUUUGUGCCUCAGAUCGUGAGGGCUUGAAGGUUUUAGUUCAGUGUUCAGUUUCAAAGUUGGAUGAGAGUAAUUCAAAAACUUUAACUUGUUACUUAAGAAAUACAAUGAAUGUAACUACUUGACUUGCGCACCUACAAUGUAAGCAACUUUCUCAUUCUCUCUAUAGUAAAACGACGCAACCUCUUCGAUACGAGUACGUGGCACUUGCAUUCUUGGUUUAGAAAAUGUUGAGUACGUAGAAGUGCAUCUCCCAUGACUUGGAUCUGCUACCAUAACCAUAGCACAAGCAGCGUAUAGAUACAUUCAUGUUGACUGUGACGUUCAAACAAU